AUUUUGCGCUAAUUGUGCCAUAUUAUUUCUAAAUUAGUGCAGACUGGAAUUGCUUCUCCUAGCUUUGUAACAAUGAAUCAAAAAUCAAACGAACUUUCAAUAUGAAACUUAUAGGCUUUAAGAUGAGUAUCGCUAUCGCUAUCACUAUAUCACACCAUCCACCUGUACGAUCGCUGUAACCAUCAGUUUAUCUGUAACUCUGCCUUAAGUUGAAUGCACUCUAAACAUGUAGACACAAAUCACACAUAUACCUACGAUUAAACUAUAUAGUAUAUAUAUUGCAUAUUAUAGACAAUACUCUGCGUGAAUUGUGCGUAACGAAACGAAUCUAAUAUAAUAUAAUGCUAUUUGUUGUGAACUGUCAAAGAGAUGGACUCAUGAAUUUGUUACUCCUUAGCUUUGUCACACACACAGAAUUUCAUUUGCAACGUUUUUACAUUAGGCUUAAGAAAGAAAGGAAACAACAAAAGCAAUUAAGAGUGCUGUAGCCUCGAACAUUUCUGGUGGAUCGUAUCGGUAUACGUAGAUAAUAAAUGUCUCCUCUAUCUUGUUAGUCUACCAGCCCCCGCAGAGGGGGGCUGCCAACAAACCGAGAAAUUGCACAUUAUAUAAGUGUAUCUAUCGCUUUGGGAUUUACAAUCAUUUUCACCCGCAAAUCAGAUCGUGCCAAGUGCGGGAAUUUGCAAUUCAUUCGUUUGCUGUGGUAGUGCUGGCUGCUAUGGCCCGGGCGCACUGAAUUUCAAUUAGGGCACAGAGCAUGACAGGCCAACGCUCAGAGCUAAGAGACAUAAAAUGAAGAGUGGAGAUAAUUGAGCCGCCAUUCGAUUGCGAAACAUGAAAGGGGAGACUAGCAGAGACAGGAUGCCAAGUCCAAUCAUCACAGAAGGAGCCUUCCCCCUUCGACGACUGACUGCGAUGCUGCUGCUGCUCUUGUGCCUGGCCGUCAGCUGUUGCCUGGGCGGCAAGACCACCACCAUCGUGCGACACACAGACACUCUGGAUCCGCAGGCGGACGGCUUCUGGGCGAACAAAACCACUUGGAAUGCCCGCUGGGUGAAGUAUUGGCGGGCCAAGAAAAUCUACGAGCCUGUGUGGAAGAAGGUGUGGACCCCGACCGUCCACAACGAAUGGGUGCCGCUGCCCAAUGCACCCACCGAGUGGGAGCAGGAGAAGUGGGAGCACUGAAGGGCCCACUGAGAGACUGAACCUAGCUUUACUUUUAUUUAUUUAUUAUUUAAUUCGUAUUUUUAUUCACUUUGUUGUUGUUAAUUAAACAUUUAAGUCUA